UUUAAUUACCCGAAUUGUUGUGUAACUGCACGCGCGUGUGCAGCUGAUUGUCCCAGAAUCUUCAAUUCAACUAAAUCAAAAAGUUUCGACAUAUCUUUUUAAUUAAGCGUUCCCCAAACAUUCAAAAAUGGAUGCACUUCUGAACGAUAAAAAUGCCACCGUAGCUGUGGGGAGCACAUCCAAUGAACAACUCAUCCCGGAUAUUCUUGGAGACGCUUUAGUCGCGGCGGUCACCAGCAAGGAGCCGUUACCCGCCGACCCCUUUAGCGCUUUUGAGCCAAAGUCCAAAUUUCGCAGAAUUAUCAGCAACCGUGGGGUUCAGAUAUGUCCCCUAGCAGUGUUCUUUGGAUUUGCAGCCGGAAUAUUUAUCCCUGUUUUCACAGAGCUGAUGAGAGACAGGGUCUGCGAGAACGAAUUACAUUACAAUCGGGACCUGUGCAAAAAUCUUACUGUGGAUGCGACUGCGAGUAAUCGCGUACGGAGUGUAACCGCCAACUUCAUGUUGUAUAACAGUUUGCUAUCCAGCAUUCCCAGUAUCGUCUUUUCGUUGUUUGUUGGUUCAUGGUCGGAUCGUUUUGGCCGCAAAAUGCCCAUGAUGAGUUCCUUUUUCGGCUGCGUAAUAUCAUCCGGCUUUCUGUUGGCCUACGCGUACCUUGAACAUCUACGGGCGGGAUAUCUGCUCGUUGCAUCCGUAGUGUCUUCAUUAUUUGGUGGAUGGACGAUUUUCUUGAUGUCCACGCUCAGCUACAUCGGCGAUUACACAACCGAACGCACGCGUGCCAUGAUUAUUUCGCUUUUUUCUGGAUUUCUGGGUAUUGGUCUGAGUAUGGGACAAUUGGUCGGGACCGAUCUACUGCAGGCGUACGGAUACGCGGCACCAUUUUACGCCUAUCUGGCGUGUCAUGCGGCCGGACUGCUGUAUACGAUAGUCGUUGUACGGGAUCAUACAAACUUUACUACCAAAGAAGAAGAAGCGACAAGGAAAUCAAAGUUUUUGCAAAUCUUUGAAGUGCAAAGCCUGAAAGAUAACUGGGCUAUGUUGCGCCAGAGAAGAGCGAAUAGUGGGCGGCUGCUGAUUAUUGUCAGCUUGAUUGGAUAUACCGCCUCAAUGAUGUGCAUAGAAACGGAAGGAACUGUUCUGCAGCUAUUUCUACGUUUCCCACCACUGAGUUGGAGCAUUACACAGUACGGUCGCUUUGCCAUGGCGCAAGGCAUCAUCAACUGCAUUUUUCUGAGCAUAGCGAUUCCGGUGUUCAAAAAGGUUUUCCAUCUCAGCGAUAGUACCGUGGGAAUCAUCGCGGCUAUGUCGGGAAUCGCAUGUGUUUUUACUUACGCCCUGUCAACGAAAGCAUGGAUGGUGUAUGUUGGCCUUGUGUUAGGCGUUUUACGGCCGUUGCUCUAUAUCUGUCUACAAUCAACACUAAUUGGUCUAGUAGCGAAGGACGAGGUCGGCAAGAUCAGUUCGGUCGUCAGCAUUAUUCAGUCGGUUAGUAUGAUCUUCAGUGCCAUGGCCUUCGUCGAAGUUUUUAGUACAACAGCAGCAUGGUGGCCCGGCUUUGUUUUCGCUGUAGAAGCGUUCGUCAUGGUCAUUCCGUUGGCCAGCUUCUGUUUUGUUGACAUUGGGUUGCGAAAUAUUGUUCCUGAAGCAGAAGCUGUAUCGGUGUACCAAAGCCAGAGAACUUAUACAAUGUGAUUAACUGCUAUAAUUUUCAGAACUGAUUUUGUUCGAAUUAUGAUUUUUCUGUGAUAUUACUUUAAAGUUAUAAUCUGUUUUUGUGUUCUGUUAAAUUUUCCAUCGGGGUAUGUUCGUCCUGAAAGCAUGCUGAUUUGAAUGCAAGUAUGUAUGUUAUGUUGGCAUAUAAAAAUUUUAUGCCAACAUAGCUUGCGAUAAAUAUCGCCAAGAUUG